UUUCGGAGCAUCCCUAAAGGUUGCUACUUCGCAGUUUUAAAAUUUAGGACAUCUUCGCGAAGAGAAGAGGAAAUGACUGCCAGAGCAAGUCGAUGUCGGGUCUCAUUUCCCGUUUUGCUCUCGCCAUGCCGGACUGGGACCCAUUGUACCUCCAAAAACGAGACCUCAAGCUACUCGUGAUGCGCGAGGCCGCCGCGCUCGCCGCGUGCUCCGGCAACUCGACCGUCGCCAAGUCGCAUUCCCUCUGCCGUGUGCCUGCAGAUACGCCCAAACCGGUCGUGUGCCACAUCACGGCUGUCGCGCCGAUGACAGCGCCUCGAACCACGGGGCGCAGGCUCUCGGAACCAACGAGCUGGCUGCAGACGGCACCACUUUACAAAUUUGGUGUCACGUCAUCAGCGGCAACCCCCCGACCCCCGACCGCGCCCGAGCCAUUGCAGCUACUCUCAGACGUGAUCGAUACACGCGGUGCUCGGACAGGCGGGGCGAAGCCACCGCAAGCCUCCGGUGAUUUCUCCGAUGAUCAGCGAUCCCCGGAGCCAUGCGUGCACUGGACGACCUCGGUCAUUCUCCAUGCGUCCCCAGCGCUCUGGAAGGUCCUUGCACGGGCGUCGUCGACGCCGACAUCCCUUGCAGCCAGGAGGGACCCUAGUACACGGCGUCAUUCAGCUCCAGAGCGUCAGUUCGAGACAACAUUUAGGCCACCGCCUGUUGCUUGUCCAGGGUCUAGACGUGCGGCGGACCAGCGCCCAGCUUUGCACUCAACGAAUGAACAACCCCGUGCCGGGAUGGGUGGAUCAACCAAAGCCGGGCCAAAGCAGAGCCCUCUCAUUUCCAAGGGUGGGACCCGACUCCAGGACCUCACCGCCCGUCCAGUGGCCUCGACCACAGAGAUGAGCACAAAAGUGGCACAUGUCGCUGAGGACGCGAUUCCUUCAUGCUGCGCGCAAAGAACAGAGGCCCUUGUGACUGAGCUGCAAGCAGCGCGAGACGAGUGCAAGGCUGCCAAGGCGACGCUUCACCGAGCGGUCGGCGAGCAAGCAGCGACCGUGGCUGCCUCAUGGAGAGCGCAACGAGAUCUUCGAGACGAGAUCCAGCGUCAUCUUGUUGCAACCCGCUAUCGUGAAGCCAAAGCUGCUUCGGAACAUGCGCACGAGCUCCAAGUGCUGCAGCGUGAGCUCAAUCAGGUGGCGGGUGAACUCGAAGGAGCCCUCGCAAACCACGCUGCGAGUGUCUUCGCCUACACCGAGUUAUUUGCGUCAACUGUCGCCGGCCACGAAGUUACAAUUGCCUUUCUCGAGGCUCAAAUGAAAGCUGCAGCCAACGCAACACCGUGACUCUUGGAGCGCCAGAAUAAGAUCAGAAUAAGAUAGUUUAGUUAACCUGC